AUGACAACCGCUAACGUGGCUAUUCUGCUCGGCAGCUGUCUGCUGCUUUUGGUCUUACCGGCACAGUCGGCACCCGGUAAGCUGAACGGCCGUGUGGUGGGUGGUGAGGAUGCCACGAAGGCGCAGUUUCCCCACCAGGUUUCUCUGAGGAACGCUGGUUCCCACAGUUGCGGAGGAUCCAUCUUGACAAGGAAUUACAUUCUGACCGCCGCUCAUUGUGUGUCCAACGAGGAUGAGAACCAUGUGAUAACUCCUAUUGCCGCCGAGCGUUUUACCAUUCGAGCGGGCUCCAACGAUCGAUUCAGUGGCGGAGUCCUGAUCCAGGUGGCCGAAGUGAUUGUCCAUGAGGGGUACGGUAACUUCCUUAAUGAUGUGGCUGUUCUGCGACUGGAAACCCCGUUGAUCUUUUCGGACGCUAUUAAGCCGAUCGCCUUGCCCACUGCUGAUACGCCAGCCGAUGUGGAUGUCAUCAUUUCCGGUUGGGGAAGGAUCAAGCACCAGGGAGAUUUGCCGCGGUAUCUGCAGUACAACACCUUAAGUUCCAUUUCCACCGAGAAGUGCGAGGAGUUGAUUGGAUUCGGAUUCGAGGGCGAACUCUGCCUGCUCCAUUUGGAGGAUAAUGGUGCCUGCAAUGGUGAUUCCGGUGGUCCCGCUGUGUACAAUGACCAGUUGGUGGGCGUGGCAGGAUUUGUCGUGGGCGGCUGUGGAUCCAGCUAUCCUGAUGGCUAUGCCAGGGUCUUCUAUUUCAAGGACUGGAUUAUAAAGAACUCAGAUCUCUGAGUUUGCUCGAUAUAAUUUUUUUUUUUUUAAUAUUUGUAAACAUAAAUAAAUUCAUUAUAACCAAAAUUGUUUUAUCACUACAUUUUUUCUAAGAUAUUUAAAAAUGAUUUAAAAUUAUAAA